GUCGCGUUUUAAGUGACAUUGCGCGAGCGUAAACACGACGUUUUCCUGUCCUUCGUCUUUUCAGCAACAGACCCAGGCUACCAGUUUGUUUCAAGUAAGGCUUUGGAGUUGAGAAUUUGAUACGAUACGUGUUGACGCUAAAGCAUCCAAGAUGUCGUACAUGCUACCGCAUCUCCACAACGGCUGGCAGGUCGACCAAGCCAUCCUAUCCGAGGAGGACAGAGCCCUGGUUAUUAGGUUUGGACACGAUUGGGACCCAACAUGUAUGAAAAUGGACGAGGUGUUGUACAGCAUAGCUGAAAAGGUGAAGAACUUUGCAGUCAUCUAUUUGGUGGACAUCACAGAGGUGCCGGACUUCAACAAAAUGUACGAGUUGUAUGAUCCUUGCACCGUCAUGUUCUUCUUCAGGAACAAGCACAUCAUGAUAGAUCUGGGGACUGGUAACAACAACAAGAUCAACUGGACCAUGGAGGACAAGCAGGAGAUGAUUGACAUUGUUGAGACCGUUUACCGAGGGGCGAGAAAAGGACGAGGUCUGGUCGUAUCUCCUAAGGACUACUCCACAAAAUACAGAUACUGAUUGGUUCUUCCCUUUCCAUUGAUUUGUGUGAUGCCCAAUGGGAGCAAAUCUGUGUCUUUUCAAUAUGAGACUUUCUAGACAGCUGGACUACAAAAAGGCUCAGAUCGAGGUCUUCUGCUCUUUUUUUAAUCAUGUUACAGCCAAGUAAUAUUUUUUCAACAGCAGUUAUAAAAACCAUAAUUUAGUUUCUUCUUUGAUUUAAUGCAUGUCAUUUUCAAAUUUGAUAUUGCAAUUUAGUUAUCACUUCAUAGACCAGUUUCCCAGACCCAGAAUAAGGCUAGUCCUUGAUUAAAAAUAAUUAUCAGUGAAAAAUU